GUUAUCAUGAACUUUCGUAUCAUUGGGUGCAUCUCCUCACUUUCCCUUCCUCUUUGGGAUGUAGCUAUCUCGAAGACGAUAGCUAAGUGCGGAGAGUGGCUUAUACAUAUCACCCGAUAUCGCCAACUCUGUGUUCUCAACUCAUUCACAUAACUUCUAUAUGUUUAUGUUCACAAUGAGGCUUCUUACCCGGCAAACAGCGUAUACGAUUGCAAGAACCACCCUUCGCAGCAAGAAACCACUAUCCAGCUUUAGCCGUGCUGGCGUUUCAACACUUCACGCUAAGAUCAACAGCCCGCCACCAAGAAUUGUCAAAAGUCAAGGAUGUUGGCUGGAAACAGAACAAGGUCAUCGGAUCUUGGAUGCAUCUUCAGGUGCAGCUGUCGUAUCGAUCGGACAUAAUGAGUCAAGAGUCAAAAACGCCAUUUCUGCUCAACUGGACCAGGUAGCAUAUUGCUACAACCCAUUCUUCACUACAGAAGCAGCAGAGAAGAUUUCUAGUUUCCUGACUGAGUCUACCAAUGGGGCUAUGUCCAAGGUUUUCAUAGUCAGCUCAGGUACUGAAGCUGUUGAAGCAGCUUUAAAAAUCGCCCGUCAGUAUUUUACAGAGCUACCAACACCACAGCCAUCCAGGACGAAGUUCAUUGCUCGCAAGCAAUCGUAUCAUGGUAACACGCUUGGAUCUUUGGCAGUAGGAGGCCACAAGGCUCGACGUGGCGUGUACGAACCUAUUCUUGCAACCAAUGUUUCUCAUGUCUCUCCAUGCUAUCCUUAUCGAGAGAUAAAAGCGGAUGAAACAGAACAGCAAUAUGCUCAACGACUAGCCAAAGAGCUAGAUGAUGAGUUUCAACGCCUCGGCCCAGACACUGUUUGUGCAUUUAUCGCUGAAACAGUAUCUGGAACCUCAUUAGGCUGUGCACCUCCGGUGCCUGGGUACUUCAAAGCUAUCAAAGAAGUAUGCGAUCGUCACGGUGCUCUUCUGAUUAUGGAUGAAGUCAUGUCUGGAAUGGGAAGAACAGGCACGCUCCAUGCUUGGGAACAAGAAGGUGUAGUGCCAGAUCUGCAGACUGUUGCUAAAGGUCUGGGGGCUGGUUACAUGCCUGUGGGAGCCUUGCUUGUCGGUAACAAAGUUGCAGACGCUCUUGCUAAUGGCUCAGGAGCUUUCUCUCACAGUCAAACUUACCAGGGUCAUCCUGUUGCGUGUGCAGCCGCGUAUGCUGUGCAGACUGUUAUGAAGGAAGAUAAUAUGCUGCAGAAUGUGCAAGAUACAGGCAAAGUACUGGGUGAGAAGCUCAAGGAGCGACUGGCAGGGCACAAGAAUGUGGGAGAUGUCCGUGGACGAGGACUCUACUGGGGCUUGGAAUUUGUUCGUAACAAAGAGACGAAGGAGCCUUUUGAUCUGAGCGAACAAAUCGCUGGAAAGCUGCACAAGGCUGGUCUGGGAGCUGAUCAUGGCAUUUCACUUAUUCCAAGUACCGGAUGCCUGGACGGUGUUCGAGGAGAUAUGGUGAUCGUCUCUCCUCCUUUCACAAUCACGAAGGAGGAGAUCGAUUUGCUAGUUGACAAGGUCGAGAAAGUUGUCACUUCUGUCCUAGGAGCAUAGAUCAUUGCAUUACAAGGCUGUUUACCGAAUAAUCACAUUAUAAAAGCCUGCGUCGGUCCACCAAGCAAACUCGUCCACCUUAUCGAAGACUGCGACGCCCAAAUCUCCUUAACCUGAUCAAUAGCCCUCAACAGAUUCCAACAUCCCGUCGUAUUAUGCAGCUUGACCAACUUAUCCAAAAAGAACUCCCUAUGAUCUGCUGUCGAGCUCUCAGCCGCCACGAUGAAAUACGGCCAAGCUAGGAGAUGUCUUCCCACGAUAUCGACGUAAGCGUCGACUUGGCCUAGUGAUUGUUUGAACCUUUCGAUCAUGGGGACUGUUUCUGAGGAUGGGGGGUUGAAGAUGGCGCGUUGGACGUAGAUGUCGCAGGCCCAUGUUGUUAGGGAGGCGAGUUGGGAGAGAAGGUCUUUCAGUUCAGGGUGGAAACGGUCGCACCAUGUUAUGAAUUCGAGACAGGCUUUUUGCUGGGCUUGGAUGAAGUGAACGCCAUUGGUUUCGUUGAAGAGAGAUUCUCCAAAGAGACAGACUCUGAGGAGAUGUUAGUGUUUGUUGGUCACUUGUCCUUGUGAUUAUCCAUACCUUAGUAUCUGCAUCUGUAGAAACCUCCUGAGGUCAGAGGUUCCUUCGCCCGCAUUCUUCGCAAGUGCGUUAACUACCACCCGCAGCGAACCAUAGAUAAGUCUGAAGUUGUCGCUUCCACUGAUCAUCUCCCGAAUAUGCAGCAGAAGCA